CUGGGAUAAACAGCCACUUUUCUGACUUGUUCAGGGUUUUAAAAGAAAGAGUCUUGGGGGCAGCUUCAUGUGAGAGAACAGUUCCAAACAGACGCAUUAUGGCUGAAUUUGACAGCACAAAUGAAAACAGCCACUGUUUGAAGAGCAGCUGUAUCACUAAUCUGCACUGCUACUUUGGAGAUAGUCCUACAGUGAAUAAUUUGAUUUCACAGAUACAAACCAUAAGGACAAGAGAGGCGCAAUCCAACAGCGCUCAGGACUGUGGAGGUCUUGGUGAGAGCAGUGACUCUGUCAACCAGCUUGAGGAUUGCAGUCCUCCCACAGACAUAUCUUCAGCUCUCCGGUCAGUAGCUUUAAUGCCAAAAUUGGAUUUGAAAGAAAUACUCAGUCCACAUAGGCUCAAGCUGUUCUCAGGACCUGGACUUAAGGAGGACUAUCACAUUUUGUCUCCAUUAGAUGAUCAGGAUAAAAGUACAGACGGACUCGGGGCAGCAGAUCCAGCUGAGGAGGAAGAACUGAGUGUAUCGUUCCAGUCAAAGUUCAUUCAUCGUUUCCCACUGUAUCAGGACUACUUUCUGCAGGCGCUGAACGAUGAUCUGCAAAGACUGAACAAGACCUUUGAGUCUGGUCAGAUAACACCCCGACAUCUGUCUGGUGUGCAGUCUCUAUUUGCUGCUCAAUGCUUCUCUGUGGCAACAUCCCUUCAAUUACACCCUCCGGAAGCGACUCAGUCCCCACCUUCACCUCAACCUGUCAGGGCGACUCCAUGUACCCUUUGGCAAGAUCUAGAAGAGGUGAAGGAAUCUGGUCUGCUCAGCAUCUUGCCAACCAGGGAGAUUCGCCUUCAGGAGACGAUGUUUGAGUUAAUCGGCUCUGAAGCGUCGUACCUAAGGAGCCUUGGAGUUGCUGUCAAUCAUUUCUAUGCAUCGAAGGCACUGAAACAGACCCUGACUCAAAUGGAGCAUCACAUUUUGUUUUCCAACAUUCGUGGCGUGAUGGCAGCCAGUGAUAAAUUUUUCAUAGAUCUGGAAAAACGACUGACAGAGGGUGUGUCAAUAUCUCAGGUCGGAGACAUUGUGCUGCAGCACUGCUCCAAGUUCCACAGCCUCUAUGUGCCGUAUGUGACGAACAUGAUGUACCAAGAGCGUCUUUUCAGCCAUCUUCUGCAGCAGAACAGAGACUUUCUGAAUUCACUCAAGGAGCUUGAGAGUGACCCAGUGUGUCAAAGACAGCGCCUGAAGUCAUUCAUUGUCCUUCCCUUUCAGAGAAUUACUCGUAUUAAACUCCUCCUCGAGAGCAUCCUGAAGCUGACUGAACCAGACUCUGACUCAAUUUCAAAUCUUAAAAAAGCAAUAAAAGCGAUCCAUGAGAUGGUGACAGAGUGCAACAAUCGGGUCCGAGAAAUGAAACAAAUUGAGGAACUGGUCUGCCUGGAAAUGCUGCUGGACUUUGGCAAAGUUAAGUUAGUCCCUCUGGUUGUAAGCGGGCGUUUUCUGGUGCACCAGGGUCCCAUGAGACAGCUGACUGUGGAGGCCACUUACCGCCCAAGAAUGUCAUUCAUGAGUAUCUACCUCCACCUCUUCAAUGACCUUUUGAUCAUCUCCUCGAAAAAGGCUCCGAUGUUCACAGUUAUGGAUCAUGCAUCGGCCUCACAUGUGCACGUUCAACAUCUGAAGGCUGAGGUCCUGGGUCUACCCCCAAACUCCUUCCUGUUGCAUCUCUCCCAGUGUCACACCGGACACCCGACCGCCAUGAUACUUGUUGCAAACACAAGGUCCGAUAAAGAGGAGUGGAUGAAUGCGCUGUCGUCUAAACAGUGAUGGAAACAUGAUUCUAUACAAAACAAACUAAUGCCGUUUUUAACUUGCACAUUACUAAUGCAUUUUAAUAAUUUGUUAACUUUAUAUACACUUGACCGCACUUAAUAAUUUUGAUAAUGGCACCAUACAUGACAAUAAGGAUUCCAACAUGCACUGAGAUUGUCACAAUAAACCAACACGCAUGUAAGGGGAUGUUUUGGGGUUUUUUAUAUUGUGAAUAUAGUUUUUCACUUGUAUUAAAAUGACUUAUUUUAAGCAA